AUGGCAACCAACGGCGAUGCUAGGCCUAAGCGCAAGCAAAGCCCUGUGUCUUUCCUAGAUCGACCGGCAAAACAUCUGAGGCCCGAGACAUCGGCUCCUACACCUGGUGAUGCCACUCCACAGAAUGGUACCGUCUACAACGUGGACAGCGAGAUCAGUGCUGCACCAAUAUUGAACCCUCUCGCGGCUCCAGCAAACUCUCCGGAAUGGCAGGCCACGAUAGAGAAUGUGGUCAAGAGCGUGGUGUCAAUACACUUCUGUCAAACAUGUUCGUUUGACACCGACCUGUCGAUGUCGAGCCAGGCUACGGGUUUUGUGGUGGACGCCGAACGGGGCUAUAUCAUGACCAACAGACAUGUUGCCUGCGCUGGACCGUUCUGGGGCUACUGCAUAUUCGACAACCAUGAGGAGUGUGAUGUCAGGCCGGUUUAUCGAGAUCCUGUCCAUGACUUCGGUAUCCUGAAAUUCGACCCCAAAGCCAUCAAGUACAUGGAACUGAAGGCUCUCAACCUGCGCCCGGAUUCGGCGAAAGUUGGUGUUGAGAUCAGAGUGGUUGGUAAUGAUGCAGGCGAGAAGCUUAGCAUCUUAUCCGGGGUCAUCAGUCGCCUGGACCGAAAUGCGCCUGAGUAUGGCGAAGGAUACUGCGAUUUCAACACCAACUAUAUUCAAGCGGCGGCAGCAGCGACUGGAGGGAGCUCUGGUAGUCCAGUGGUCAAUCUGGCUGGCCACACAAUCGCACUUCAAGCUGGAGGUCGAAUGGAUGGCGCUGCCACCGACUACUUUUUACCCCUUGAUCGACCGCUCAGGGCUUUACAGUGCAUACAGAACAACGAACCAAUAACCCGUGGUACGAUACAGACGCAGUGGAUGUUAAAGCCAUUCGAUGAGUGCCGAAGGCUAGGCCUUACACCCGAUUGGGAAUCUGCUAUUCGAGCAGCUGCUCCCAAAGAAACCAGCGUUCUUGUCGCAGAAAUUGUGCUUCCAGAAGGCCCCGCCGAUGGCAAAAUUCAGGAGGGAGAUGUGCUUAUCAAGGUCAACGGUGAAUUUCUUACCCGAUUCGGACGACUGGAUGCCAUCCUCGAUGCAAGCGUGGGCAAGACACUACAUCUACUGUUGCAACGCGGCGGCGAGGAUGUCGAGGUCAGACUCGAUGUUGGCGAUUUGCAUGCUAUCACUCCUGACCGAUUCGUCACCGUCGCAGGAGGAAGCUUUCACAAUCUCUCUUAUCAACAGGCUAGGCUAUAUGCUGUCGCUGUCAAGGGCGUUUAUAUUUGCGAAGCAGCUGGAUCAUUCAAACUGGAGAACACGCUUUCCGGUUGGAUAGUGGAGUCAGUAGACCAACGGCCAACACCCGAUCUGGAGAGUUUUAUGAAGGUCAUGGAUAGCAUUCCAGACAAAUCACGGGUGGUGCUAUCAUACCGACACCUUCGAGAUAUGCAUACGCGAGGGACCAGCAUUAUCCACAUCGACCGACACUGGCACCCCAAAAUGCGGCUCGCGGUUCGCAAUGACGAGACUGGACUUUGGGACUUUACCGACCACGGAACGCCGAAGCCUGCGGCACCCCCUGUCCCCAGGUCUGCAGACUUUAUCCAACUAGAUGGUGUAAACCAUGCCGCUGCAGCAGAUAUUGUUUGCUCUUUCGUUCGCGUCUCAUGCAAUAUGCCGGUCAAGCUCGAUGGCUACCCACAAGCGCGAAAGACCGGCUUUGGGCUCGUUAUCGAUGCUGAGAAGGGCCUGGUCGUUGUGUCACGAGCGAUCGUGCCCUACGACCUCUGCGACAUCACCAUCACCGUUGCAGACUCGAUUAUUGUGGAGGGCAAAGUGAUAUUCAUGCACCCCCUGCAGAACUACACUAUCGUACAGUACGAUCCUAAGCUGGUGCACGCUCCAGUCAAGUCGGCUCCUCUCUCGAGCACAAUGGUCAAACAAGGAGAGGACACGAUUUUCGUCGGCUUCAACCAGAACUUUCGGGUAGUGGUAGCGAAGACGACAGUUACCGACAUUACCACGGUAGCCAUCCCAGCAAAUGCUUCUGCUCCGAGAUAUCGAGCCAUCAAUUUAGAUGCCAUCACAGUCGACACAGGACUUUCCAGUCAAUGCUCCAAUGGUGUCCUUAUUGGUUCUGAUGGAAUUGUACAAGCACUCUGGCUAAAUUAUCUGGGUGAGCGCACUCCAAACACACACAAAGAUGUCGAGUACCAUCUUGGUUUGGCUACGCCAUCUCUGCUCCCAGUUAUCUCUCUGAUACAAGGUGGUUACCAUCCAUCGCUUCGGAUAUUGAACAUGGAAUCCUAUGUGGUGCAUAUGAGCCAAGUUCGCAUUAUGGGUGUUUCCGAGGAAUGGAUACAAAAAGUUGCUCAAGCGAACCCAUCUCGACAUCAACUCUUCAUGGUGCGUAAAAUCGAUUGCCCUCCGGCAUCCGGGGAGACCAAGGGGCAAUCUCUACAAGAAGGCGACAUCAUUUUGACGUUGAAUGGGAAGCUCAUUACCCGAGUGUCCGAAUUCGAUAUCAUGUACGAUCAGGGAGCGUUGGAUGCCUUGAUUGUGCGGGGCGGAAAGGAGAUGCAGUUGAGAAUACCGACGGUGCCCACCGAAGACCUUGAGACUUCUCGGGCUCUCAUCUUCUGCGGUGCUGUCCUACAGAAACCACAUCAUGCCGUCAGACAACAAAUCAGCAAGCUACAUUCGGAGGUCUACGUCAGUGCGCGAAGUCGAGGCUCGCCUGCCUAUCAAUAUGGACUUGCCCCAACCAACUUCAUUACCGCUGUCAACGGAGUGAAAACGCCGAAUCUAGACGAGUUUGUCAAAGAAGUCAGCAAGAUACCUGACAACACUUACUUCCGGCUCAGGGCAGUGACGUUCGACAACGUCCCGUGGGUGGUGACUAUGAAGAAGAAUGAUCACUACUUCCCCAUGUCGGAAUACGUCAAGGAUCUCACUCAGCCCAGUGGCUGGAGGACCAUCUCCUAUCAUUCUGCUGGAAAGUCCAGCGGGGGUGAGAGUGAUGGGGCUCCGCUGACAGCAGAAGGCAUGGAUGAGGGUGGUGGUGAAAGUGAUGAUGGUGGUGAAGGAGAGGCUGAGGACGAGAGAGAGUGA